AUGAUGGAGACAAACAAGACUCUGGUGACCGAGUUUGUCCUCACAGGACUCACAGAUCGUCCAGGGCUGCAGGUGCCCCUGUUCCUGCUGUUCUCGGUCAUCUACCUCAUCACCAUGGCGGGCAACCUUGGCCUGAUUGCUCUCAUCUGGAAGGACGCCCACCUUCACACCCCCAUGUACUCACUCCUGGGCAGUUUAGCCUUUGCAGAUGCAUGCACUUCCUCCUCUGUGACCCCCAAGAUGCUGAUGAACUUUUUAUCAAAGAAGCACGUGAUCUCACUCUUUGAGUGCCUGGUCCAAUUUUACUUUUUUGGUUCCAGUGCGACCACAGAGUGUUUCCUCCUGGUGGUGAUGGCCUAUGACCGCUAUGUGGCCAUCUGUAGCCCUCUGCUUUAUCCAGUGGUGAUGUCCAACAGACUCACUACCCAGCUUAUUGCUGUCUCAUAUAUUAUUGGUUUUCUGCAUUCAGCAAUUCAUGUGGGUUUGUUAUUUAGAUUAACUUUCUGCAGGUCCAAUACCAUGCAUUACUUCUACUGUGAAAUUUUACAGUUGUUUAAGAUUUCCUGCACUGACCCUAGACUUAAUAUGCUCCUGAUUUUUGUAUUUUCAGCCUUCAUACAAUCUUUAACUUUCAUGGGCAUCAUCAUCUCUUACUUUUAUGUCCUCUCUGCCAUCCUGAAAAAGAAGUUUGAGAAGGGCAGAUGCAAAGCCUUCUCCACGUGCAGUGGCCAUCUGCUCUCUGUCUCCUUGUUCUAUGGCACUCUGUUCUUCAUGUAUGUGCGCCCUGGGUCUGGCCCAGGCACAGAUCAGGACAAAAUGUACUCCCUGUUCUACACAAUUAUAAUUCCCCUGCUAAAUCCUUUUAUUUACAGCCUGAGGAACAAAGAGGUUACAAGUGCCUUGAGAAGAAUAAUAAAGAGUGAUUGA